UCCAGCAGACGAGAAGAAAAUGGAGACAGGCCGCAGGCAGCCAUGAACGCCGCCUCCCUGCAUCCACCUUCCCAUGGCGGCGCCGGCGCUGAUCUCGCGGGCGCACCGAUACCGAGCUGGGCCCUCCUCGACCUCCACGCCUACUUCUCCGACCGCCGCAACUCCACCACCGCAGCCUGCCUGACCAGGGACAACAAGGAGAUCCAGGUCACCAUCUUCCCCGCGCACCCGCCGCGCGUCUCCUACUUCUGCGUCCACUGCCGCGGCGAGGAGCCCAGCGGCUUCGCCAGGGAGCCCAAGAUCAUCGCCGCCGACGCCAACGUCCUCCUCCUCCGCAUCUCCAUCGGCAGCCGCAACGCAAUGCUGUGCCCCAGCCUGCACGAGUACUACGUCUACAAGGCCUCCGGCGGCGCCGAUGGGGCGCCGCCGUCGCUCCACCUGCUCCCGCACCCGAGCCUCUACUUCUUCUACGACGAGCAGGCCGCCCUGCUCAGCCGCGGCGCCGAGUUCACCGUCGUCGCCCUCCGUGACGACGUAUCUGCAUUCCACCGUGGCUCAUCCGAGAGGAACGUCUGGACCACCAAGGCCGUCUUCGUGCCACCGGAGCGGCAGCAGGGAAGCAGCGGCGAAGAGGGCUUCCGGUUCCGGCACGAGACCUCCGAUGUGGUCACCAUUGGAGGAGAGCCUGGCACCGUGGCUUUCGUCGACAUGUGGCGUGGCAUCCUGCUCUUCGACGUGCUCCACGGUGACCCUACGCUUCGAUACAUCAGGAUGCCGCCGCAGCUCAUCAGCCCCUGCACCGGCUAUUCCAGUCCAGUGCACACUCGAGACAGUGCUGUCGUCAAUGGCCACUUCAAGGUCGUCGAGUUCCUGGACAAAAUCAUGACAGUCACAGGAUCACAUAGCGGCUACAUCAAUGAUGGUUGGGUAGCUGCAACAUGGAGCAAGGAGGUUUUUUCUCCUCACGAGGGUUCCUGGUGUCCAGGACACAAGCUUGAAUCUCGUGACAUCCAUGUCGAACGUAAUCUGCUGCUAUUUGAGUUGCUUCCAAAGGUGCCGGAUGAUGAAGGGAAACCCUCAGAUGAUGUUGGAGAGACUCUAUACAGGCCACCCGACACUCAGCUUGCACGAUGGUGACAUUUUUUACUUAAUGACCAAGGUUGAGCUCCGGGACAACAAGGCAUGGGUAAUUGCUGUUGACAUGAGCGAUGGGACACUGCGAGGAGUUGCCGAGUUUGGUGCAGAAAGAGCUCUCGACGUUAGCUUGACCUACACCCAGAGUAGGAUCUCUGAGCACCUGAUCAUGGCACCAGCAGGUCCAAACUCCAAAGGGCGAGCUGAAACGACCAGGGACGCCAUUGCUGGGAUCUUAUAGCAAGAAACUUCUAAGAAUCCCCAUGGAUAUGGCGAGCGUGGGAGCUGAAGAUGAGGAUGAUACGAACUUAGAACAAUUAGCGGUUUAGGUGCACGUCUCAUUUUGAUGGUUAGAUUCCUGUCUUGCUUGUUGGUGCUUUGUUUAUACAUAGGUUAAAUUAUGAUGCAGUUCCCAGCAAGGAUCAUAAACAGACUGCACGAUAAACUCCAGUCAGAGAGAUCUGCAAUCCAGCAAGGGAUGGGUAGUGUCAUAAUUGAACCAGACGCGCUCAUCGUCGUCAACAACAACAAUAACAACGU